AUGUGCACCGCCGUUAUCCCCUCCGGGGUCCCCCGACAGUGCCCGCUGGCCAGAUCCCUUAGCUGUCAAUGGGCACGUCCCAAUUUCUUAUUCUCCACCAACUACACGAAGAAUUGAUUGUCUGGGUGAGAUCUUGGAUCGCUGAAAUUAUUGCGAGCGCUGUCGAAGUGAAACCUCAUUCAAUUCCCUCUUUCCACGUUCCUCCUCGUUUUCCUGACCCAUCUGUGCCUCCCCAGACCCACAGAGCGGCAGAGCGCCAACAACCGCCCCGCCCCCUGCAUGGCCCGGAAAGGAGGUACAGGGAGUCCUUCGGGGCCCUGUUCUUCGCUUCACCACCUGUAAAGCAUUGUUCCUCAUCUUGGGUCGGGAUUGGUUCCGUGGAGGAUCAUGGCGGUUGCUUGAUUCGCUCAACGUCGUUGAGCAGGUGGUCUCCGCGAUUUUAUAUUAGAUGAGCCGUUCUUUUUAGUAAUCAGUGCGCCCUCUCUGUCAUCAUCACUGAGCACUGUCCCCCCCCCCCCCCUCACUUCCUUCGUGCAGUAG